UUUCCACUUUCUUUGUAAACAUUAUCAUGUUGCUUUUUUUGUGUCUGAUUUAAUUUCUUGUUAAUUGUUUAGGUGUUUAAUUGUUAUCGGUGGAUUAAUUUCUGGUAAAAUGUCAAUUUUAAUCAAUGUCCAACGACGUGUGUUCUCUGGUUACAUCAGUAAACGAGUAACUCGAGUUGAAUCUGAUGUUGAAUUGACUCAAGAAGAUGUCGCCGCAAAUGCUUCUGGUCCUAAUGAUUAUCCUCCAUCACAAUUAGAGAAUAGAAAUCCUCGUAAUUUAGAACAAUUAAGCUUCGAAGUUAAACCUCUUGGAUGGGAAUUGGAUAGAGCACGACGAACAUUUUGGAAUAAGGUUAUUUUGGAAAAAUUCAAAAGUCGUCUCGAAGCUAAAGUUGUCCAUCAUUCUGGUCGUGUAAUUGUGUCAGCAUCAACCAUUGAAGAUAAAUUUGCUUCUCAACUUAAAAACUUAACAGGUAUCGAAGCAGCAGAAAACUUGGGCCAAGUUUUGGCACGAAGAUGCUUAGAGAACGGUAUUUUAUAUGCUCUAAAUGGUAUAACAAUUGAAGAGAUGAAAUCACGAAAGACCGCAGCAUUUAUCGAGGGAAUUACGAAAUCAGGCUUAUGCCUAAAAGAACCACUAUUUAUAUGGCCAAGAAGGAGACGAGAUCUUUAAAUUGUAUUGUAUCACAAAUAAUGGCCAUUGAUUGAUAAUAUUCUUACCACAAUUAAAUCAAUUAGAAAUCAAGUGUAAUCAUCGAGCCGAUGUAAAUGUUAAUGCGAUUUUCUGGACAAGUUGAAAACCAAAGAAAAAGUUAUUUAGAAUUAUCAAUAAGUUAUAUUCUGAAUUUUGCUGUUUCGAAAGUAAAUAAGCUCAUGUAGCCGGAAUUCAAUCUCUUUUCUUCUCGAAA